CCUCAAGCAUUUAAACCGUUGACAACAUACAAAAUACCGAAGAAAAAAGUAAACCGUCAAACGGGAAAAUUAAUUCGAAAUUUUUCGUGAAUUUUCUUAUUUUAAUGUAAUAAGAAAAACAACAACAACCAAAAAAUACCAAUUGAAGCAAAUACUUUGGUGGAGCUACAUUGUUGCUAGUGAAAUAUUGACUUGCCUGUGAACAAACUAACACACAGAUCCAUAUGAUAAAAAAAUGCUAUUCUUAUUAUUUAUUGUAAAUGGUACGUGGUCCAAGUGUGUAAUACUCAAUGUGAUCAAGUGAAUCAAACAAAUACCAAAUACCACAUACUCACCCCCACCCAAGUUCUAGGUUGUGGUUUUGUGCUGACAAAUUACUUUGAAUAUCAAAAAUUUGUUAAUGUGGUGCAUUUUAUGUCAAACAAAUUUCAAUAGUGAAAUAAAAAUAAAUAUAAAUUCAUGAGUAGGAAACUAAUAAUGGAAAUUAUGUUAAGAGAAUAAGAAAAUAUGUGGAUUUGAAAAAAAGUGAAGAAAAUAAUUAAAACACAAAUAUAUAUAUGUAUAUAUACAAUAAAUAAAAAAAAUCGAUCUAAAAAAUUUAUAGAAAAAAAUACAAAAAAAGAUAGAAACAAAUAAAACCCUGUGAAGAUUUUAUAAAUCAAUUUUUUUGCAUUUUAAAAAAUAUAAUUUAUUCUACAAUUCACUACAAAGAAAACAAUAAAAAAGCAUUAACACAAUAAGAGUUGGAACCAAAAAAGUUUCUUUAUUAUUAUAUUGUACAAAAGAAUAUAUUAAGAAGCAUUUAAAAAUCAUUAUCAACCAUAUUCAGCACCAACUGCAGCAAAGUAAAAAUCAAAAUACAAAACAAAACUCGUGUCAAUGUAUUAAAAAUAUUAACCAAGACAAGUGCCGUUGAAAUUUUUGUCUCUGUAAAUAAUUUUCUCUAUGGUGUACUUAAAAGUUGUACAAUAUCUCAAUUUUUUUUACUAGAAAAUGUUUGGGAUUUUGUUAAAUGAUGGCCAAAAAUGGCGGCUAAACCACCAAGGCCGCCAGGAAAUUUUCUAAAAAGCUCAGAUAAUUGCAUCAGCAACAACAACAACAAUAAUUCCAUUACCUCCCUUAAUAACACCGAAAACAUAAACAGUGAUAGACGUGCAUCAACGACAACCGUGUCUUCCACAAGCACCAACGUUGCAAACGAGAAUUGCAACAGCAAUAACAUCCCUCUCAAAAAGGCCACUUGUAGUUGUACGAAUAUAACUAUAAUGCACUUGUUCCAUGAGAUGAAACAAGAAUUUCCCACCAUACCAGAUACCAUAGUGACCCAAUGUGUCAAUGAGAACUGUCAUCAACGUGAAAAUUGCAUACAAAUGUUACGAAAUGAAUUGGAAUUGAAUCCAAUACCGGUUCAAAGUUAUCCUGCCAAAGUUCUGCAUCCGCCAAACAACAACAACAAUCAUCAUAACCAUCACUGCAGCAACAACAACAAUAGUAAUCAUCAUCAUCCGGCAACAUCACCUAAGCCUCCAUUACAACAGAAACCUUUGGGGUUGCAUCAGAGGCCACAGCUGAAGCCUCCGUUGAAACCAGUAAGACCAGCACCACAGCAACCACCGCACGCUCCAACCCCACCACCCCCACCACCGCCAUUAGCUUCAACGGCGAUUUUGAAAAAUAAGCCAAAUUCAGUACUUUUAAAAAGAAGCGCCCAUACGUCAAGUUUAGUAAAUAAUAGCAAUAAUAAUAGCAACAAUAACAACACUCCAGUGCGUCGGCAAACAGUUGAAACCUUGUUAUCUAGUGCUGAUAGUGUAGGUGGUGCAGAAGGGGAAGUGGGGCAGGAAGGCAGCGUAGAUAUUAAUGAAAAAUUUCAUGCUAUGCCAGCAACAAAAACAAAUACAACUAUUGAGAAGCCACAGCAGCAGAGCCAACUAACAAAUUCACACCAUCUACAAGAGGUGAAUAACAAAAACGCCACCACCACCACCACCAGUGUUGAGAAUGGCAAUAGUGUUGGUGAGACAACGACGACGACGACGACGUCGAAUGAGAAUAAUAUACCCAGAGCAAGACCAACUACGCUCAAUUUAAAUACACAACAACAACAGAGACAACGUUUAAAUGUUCAAUUGCAAGAGCAUUUUUUGCAACAACGUAAUAAACCUCAGCAGCAGCAACAACAACAGCAGCACCAGCAAAUAGCUUUAUCUCAAACACAAACAAAGGCAACAGCGGCAACGCCGCCGCCAUCCUCAUCAACGUCGUCGCCAUCAAUAACAACAAGUGCCGGCGUCAUUAUUAAACCUUUGCGCAAAGCCCCAUUACCCCCCAUUGCUCCCAAACCUGUUCUGCCUCAGCAGCAGCAAUCAUCAAAUUCUACGCCAUUUAACAACACCAAUAAUUAUAACCAUAACGAUUCUCUCUCCAGUCACACCAACAGCCCCUUAUCGGAAUCGGAGAUUUCCCUUAGUGUUUCAUUAUCGACACCACCCUCUCCCACUUCAUCAACCACUUCCACAUCGACCACGUCCAAAACUCACCACACACACAAUUUGCAAAACAAAUCGCCCAUCAGGCAUCGUUCAGUCAUAACAUUACAACCCGAGCCACCGUACACGCGUGAUUUUUUCCAAGCAACCACACCAUCAUCGACAGCAUUUGGCUCGCCAACGACAGCAGCAGCAUCGGUUACACUAACACCAACCACCGCCAACUCUUCCGUGGUCUCUUCGCCCACAAAUUCCGGCUACAGUGGGUGUUCGCAAAAAAGUUACACCUCGGUCAAUCUCACGCUGAGACCGCCCACCACCGUCCCAAACUCGGCCUUACAGCCGUCGGCCAUUGAUAUAACUGCCGGUCCCGGCUUUUCGGGUGCCAGUGGGAGCGGCAAGAGUCUUUCGUAUUCGAGCACAUCGUACGAUGCGAGACUGGGUUAUCAGCAAAAUUUCCACAUAACCGUUACGGACGAAGGUGGUGUCUUCAGUGCCAGUCGCCGUCGACCACAGCAACAACAGCGCACUGCAAGUCAAGUAAAUAUCUGUGAAAAUCAAUACGAUGGUAAUUCGGAUGGUGAUAAAUACAAUCAUGUAAAUUCUUUAUAUGCUGAACAGCAACAACAUUUACAACAAGCACAGCAGCAGUAUUUGCAACAACAACAGCAGCAACAACAACAACGUCAGCAGCAAUUUCACAACAAUAGGGAUUUGCAUCAAAACAAUUCACCUGCUCCACGUAGCCUAAAAUCACCGCAGGGUAUUGGCAGCGGUACAUUUGGAAAUAUGUGUUUGGCACCUCAAAAAGCGGAAGAUGAAUUUGUGGCCGAAAUCCUGGAGCGCCAAAAGAAAAGACGUGACAAAUUGGCUGCGGCACUGCGUGAAAACAAAAAACGCUUGGGUCAAGUGGAGCAGGAAGUCAAUUUAAUAACAGGUCCCAUACCCAUGGGCCUUAACGAAAGACUGGAUAUAGAAAUACAGAAAUUAAGGGAUGAGUGUCAAGCAAUGCUUAGAAGUAGUAAUCCAAAUCGAGCACAGCCCCCAUCAUCACAACCACAACAACAGCAGCAACAAUUUCCACCACAACCAUUCCCACGACAGAGAUCAUCAAGACCUCCACCACGACCACCGCCACCACGUCAAACUAGCUUAGAUAUAAUACAGCAUCAUGCCACACCCACAACACCUCAUACACCUGCCUCGUUGCCGAAUUUCAGCAAUGCAUCAUCGCCCAUACUGGGGUUAAGGCAACAGCAACAACAAUUGCAACAUUCACACUCAGUAUCGCCUUCAAUCUAUCAGCAGCAGCAACAAGUACCGCCACCACCCUAUCAAAUGACUUCGUUGCCUUAUCAGCAGCAUCAUAAUCAUCCAGCCUUCAAUUCCUUGGACGAAACCUAUUUUUCGGACACUGACAAUGGCGAAUAUGAGGACGAGGAUGAUGAUGAGGAUGAAUUGGAGCUGGAGCACUGGGAGUGCAGCAUGUGUACAUUCCGUAACCAUCCGCAAUUGAAUACAUGUGAAUGCUGUGAAAAUGUUAGAAUUUUACCUGAACCAGUACUUAGUAGAGAAGAUAUACAUAUAACUUUAUCACCUGGUGAAAAUAGAAUCAUCCAUUCUUGGAUUGUGUCAUGACCCAAUGACAAAAGAUCAUAACGUCUGUAUUACCAAAAUAUAACGGGGCGUUUUGAUCUCUGUGUUUAUGUCAUUGUGGAUUUUCAGCAAAUAAGCUGAGACAAAUGGAAAUUAUGAGAGAGCAGCUCUAUAAUCUCAUGAUAUUAUGCUUCUAAGCUCACCUGUAAAUGCAAAGCUUUUUGGUAUGCUGUGAAAAGCCAUGGCAAUGCUUUGGUGAAAAGCUACAAGGCGAGAGAAAAAGUGGAGUGAAAGCUGUGGCAAGCUAAAUUUCUGAGUCCAAGAAACUGUGGCUACCUUGGUGAAUGACGUUUAUCUGGAUUUUGUGAAAUAUUUAAAGCUACAGAAAUUCUCGAACGAAAUAAUUCAUUUUGCUUUGUUAUAGAUCUAAAUAUGCAACGAAAAGUUUUUUUUUUUUUAUUUUAUUAGAAAUCUAUUUUAUAUAGCCAUACCUAUAUGUAUAUGAUCAUAUGCUAAGAUUAUAGAUAAAUGAUUAAACUGAAUAAAGUCUAUAUAUACAUACAUAUGUAGUUGUAGGUUUAUAUCUUAAGAGAAUAUCAUAUACCUACUGAAAAAAGCUGCUGGCAGCUUAUGUGAUUUUUAAAAAUAAUAAUUGUUAAUAAAAAUCUAUACUAUUUAGAAAAUAUAAGAAAUUAUUUCGAUUAAGUAAAAGACUUUGUAUUUUUAAUUCAUAGUGUACAUUAAAAUUAUUUAUUCAUGUAUAGUAUAUAUUAACUGUAAUUAUCAUUUAUUGUACAUAAUUAAGUUUAUGGUUAGAGAUAUUAUUAAAGGUCAGCUAAGCUUUAAAACAACGAAACAAAUCCCAACAAUAUACACCCCCAUCCCCGAAGGAAAUAUUUAAAGUUUAUAGAUUUUUGAUACACAUGUAUGUACAUUUUCAAAUGGAGAUUUAAAUAAAUUUCUCAUACAUUUACAUUUGCCACAUAUCCAAUUACUACAGACAUGAAAAUUAACACU